UGAUGCAUACAGUUGGAGAAAUGAGGCGAUUGUGCAUGCCUGCCACGAAUUCCGCCGCCUCCGAAAUCUAUCCUUCUACUUAUCAUCAUAUACCCUACUAGCGCCCGCAGCUAUCACCGCAUAUCAUAUCAGUUCACAAAUCAGAUUGAGACUGAGAUUUAUGGCAACUGCUACAGACCGUAACGCCGCCUUCUCCACGGAGGCGCCUUGCGCUCCGGUCACCAUGGAGCGCAAGGUCCAUGCCGAUCUCGAUUCCGCCAUUCCUAAGCCCUAUAUGGCGAGGGGAUUGGCUGCAGUGGACUGCGAGCAUCCGAAUGGGACUCCAGGACGGAAGCAUAACAAUAUGAGUGUUCUUCAACAGCACAUUGCCUUCUUCGACCUAGACAACAAUGGAAUCAUCUAUCCAUGGGAGACUUAUUCUGCGUCUCGUCAACUAGGGUUCAACAUCAUUAUGUCCUUUUUAAUAGCAGCCGUCGUUCAUCUAGCUAUGAGUUACGCAACUCUCCCAGGGUGGAUUCCUUCCCCUUUUUUACCCAUAUACAUACAAAACAUACACAAAUGCAUGCACGGGAGUGAUACCGAAACCUAUGAUGCAGAGGGGAGGUACCUUCCAGCACACUUCGAGAACAUCUUUACCAAGUACGCACGCACCGUCCCGGACAAGCUCACGUUUGUAGAGGUGUGGAAGAUGACAGAAGGCAAUCGCGACGCAUAUGACCUCUUCGGCUGGAUUGCAGCCAAAAUGGAGUGGGGAAUUUUGUAUUUGCUGGCCAGAGACGUGGACGGUAUGCUGUCAAAAGAAGCAAUCAGGCGAUGCUUCGACGGCAGCUUGUUUGAUUACUGUGCAAAGAUACAAAGGAGUCGCGAAGGAAAGAUGGAAUGAAUCUAGAAGAAGCAUAGAAUUAGAAGGUCUAGAAUGAAUCCUCUCUUAAUAAUGGGGUUGUAGCUUAUAGCCCUAGCUAGUUUGUACCUACUUUCUGCCCUUUUCUUUUUAUAGUUCACUGUGUAGUUAGUUAAGUUAUUCUAUCCUGCCAACUUAUGUAGCCUAAUAACAAAAUUGUUGCAAGGUUGGCA